AUGACGAAAGAAGACUAUAACUACGUAUAUUAUUCUGACUCACCAGAGGUCUUACAUAGUAUUGAUCAAUGGAAUAAGUUAAACGAUUCAAAACAAAAAGAAGUCAAAGGUCAUUUGCCAGAAAAUUGGCCCGAAAAGUUAAGUGGUCCUCAUCUCUGGACGGGAGAAGAUUUGAAAGAAAGACCUGAUAAAUACAGAUAUAUUUUAAGCGAAGAAGACAAGAGCGAAGUGUGGAAAGCUGUUGAAUCUUUUAAAAAAUCUGGCUUGAGUUUAGCAGCUGUAAGUAAAGAGAAUUUCACUCUACCCCAACUUGGCAAAACAUUAGAAAACUUUGCUGAGGAUCUCUACAACGGAACUGGGGUUCGUUUAAUAAGGGGAUUAAACAUUGAUGACUAUGAUGAAAAGGGUAAAAUCAUUGCAUACUUAGGGAUAAGCUCUUUCAUAGGAGAUAUUAGAGAUGCUCAAGGCUUGAAUAGAGCACUCACACAUAUCAAAUCAAUCGAACAUAUUGCAAAAGGUGAACGGGCACCAAUAGGUGUGAGUCAACAAACAACUGAUGCACAAAUGUUUCAUAAUGACUUUGGUGGCGAUAUUGUUUCAUUAUUUGUUCUUAGUACGCCACUAAGCGGUGGUGAAUCAUUGGUAAGUUCCACAUAUGCUAUUUAUAAUGAGCUAGCUCACGUAAGACCUGAUAUUUUAAGUACGUUGUCCACACCUAGAGCGUUUAAAUGGAGGGAAGCUCCAGAAGGAAGUCCAUUAUUAUAUUACAAGGAUGACACAUUUAUAACCAGUUUCUCUACAAGGUAUUUUAUUGGAUAUGGUGAGCUACCGAGGGAUGAAAAUUAUCCCCUCAUCAACGAGAAUCAAAGAGAUGCUUUAGGAGGUUUCAAUGCAAUUGCUUAUAAACAUUCUUUAUCGAGUGAAUUUCAAAAGGGUGACAUAGAAUAUGUAAACAAUAUUUUCACUCAACACUGCAGAAAAGGAUUUACUGAAAACGAAGAUAAUAGAAGACACUUGGUGAGGUUGUGGUUGAGAAAUUCGAAGUUCACCAACUCUAUUAAAUUACCUGAGAGGUUACUCGAGAAAAAAAUACAAAAUUUUCCGGUUCAAUAUGAUCAAGAGAUCCCUUUAAAUGAGGUUGAAGAAGAUGCUAUUAAAUUAAGAAACAACGCGACUUCUAUCGAUAAGUUUUAUUCUAAACCUAAAUAA